AUGAUUCGUGAUGAACGCGCUAUGGAGAAUGGCCCGCAUCAAAAAGAACUGUCGGAAUUGGAAAGACUUUACCGUCCUGAGGUAGACCUGCCUCCGUAUCGUGGUGUUAAUUUCUUGCGAACACCUCGAUAUAAUAAGGUAAGGUUGUACCUAUAG